CGUCCGUUUUUUUUCGUCCGCUGCCGGAGUGUGUUGUCGUUUAUUUCAACGUAAAUAACCAUGUCUAUAGAAGUGGAAUCCGCGGAUGUGGUCCGUUUGAUUAUGCAGUACCUAAAGGAAAACAGUCUUCACCGGACUUUGGCCACACUACAGGAGGAGACCACCGUGUCUCUGAACACAGUGGACAGCAUAGAGAGCUUUGUGGCAGACAUCAACAGUGGCCACUGGGAUACUGUCCUGCAGGCCAUUCAGUCCCUCAAACUACCAGAUAAAACCUUGGUAGACCUUUAUGAACAGGUUGUCUUAGAGCUUAUAGAGCUGAGAGAGCUCGGUGCGGCCCGUUCCCUGCUCAGACAGACGGACCCCAUGAUUAUGCUGAAGCAGACGCAGCCAGAGAGAUACAUCCACCUGGAGAACCUGUUGGCUCGCUCCUACUUCGAUCCGAGAGAGGCGUACCCAGAUGGCAGCAGUAAAGAGAAGCGUCGUGCAGCAAUCGCUCUAGCUCUGGCUGGCGAGGUCAGCGUGGUGCCCCCCUCUCGUCUCAUGGCUCUACUGGGGCAGGCUCUUAAGUGGCAGCAACAUCAAGGUCUCCUGCCACCUGGAAUGACCAUUGACUUGUUCCGAGGUAAAGCUGCAGUCAAAGAUGUGGAGGAGGAGCGCUUUCCCACUCAGCUAAGCAGGCACAUCAAGUUUGGACAGAAGUCUCACGUGGAGUGUUCUCGGUUCUCCCCUGAUGGUCAGUAUCUGGUUACUGGUUCCGUGGAUGGCUUCAUUGAAGUCUGGAACUUCACAACAGGCAAAAUCAGAAAGGAUCUGAAGUAUCAGGCUCAAGAUAACUUCAUGAUGAUGGAUGAUGCAGUCUUGUGCAUGUGCUUCAGUCGGGAUACAGAAAUGUUAGCCACUGGAGCCCAAGAUGGAAAAAUCAAGGUAUGGAAGAUCCAGAGCGGUCAGUGUCUGAGGAGGUUUGAGCGGGCCCACAGCAAAGGGGUCACUUGUGUCAGUUUCUGUAAAGACACCAGCCAGCUGCUCAGCGCCUCCUUCGAUCAGACCAUCAGAAUCCAUGGACUGAAGUCGGGUAAAUCUCUGAAGGAGUUUCGCGGCCACACCUCAUUCGUCAACGAGGCCACGUUCACUCCGGAUGGCCACCACAUCCUGAGCGCUUCUUCUGAUGGAACAGUCAAAGUGUGGAACGUGAAGACCACAGAGUGCACCAGCACCUUUAAACCUCUUGGCACGUCAGCCGGCACAGACAUCACAGUCAACAACGUCCUGCUGCUGCCCAAAAACCCGGAGCAUUUUGUCGUGUGUAACCGCUCCAACACGGUGGUCAUUAUGAACAUGCAGGGACAGAUCGUGAGGAGUUUCAGCUCCGGUAAGAGGGAAGGCGGUGACUUUGUGUGCUGCACGCUGUCACCUCGCGGCGAGUGGAUCUACUGCGUGGGUGAAGACUUUGUGCUCUACUGUUUCAGCAUCGUCACGGGCAAACUGGAGAGAACACUGACGGUUCAUGAGAAGGAUGUGAUCGGCAUUGCCCACCACCCCCACCAGAACCUCAUCGCCACGUACAGCGAGGACGGCCUGCUGAAGCUCUGGAAACCUUAAAGCCUCCCCCGGAGAGGAGGCCGGACAUUUUCGCUCGGGACAGUUCUCUGUCCAUUUUGUUUUUGUUUCCCUGUCCUGGUGAACCGCUCUGAGGAACACCAUCAUUUUUACAGUCUGAAAAUGGUAGAAUAUAGUUAAUAAAAAGCCGAGUGUACAGUUUUUGUUCAGUUUUUUACGUGUUUUUGUAUCUUUAAAAUCUUGACAUCAUGUUGGGCUGUUCAGCCUCUGGGACUCACUUCAGCCUUUACUGUGCAAAAACAAACAUUUUACUUUUCCACACAAAUUUUAAGCUUCGCUUCAGUCCAUGAAUUAGUUUUAACCAACAUGUAAUAAUAAAGCAUUAUAAUUCAGCUUUAUUGUGAUGCUGUAGGAGUCCUGUUGUAAACCCU